AAUAACAUGUCUAUUUAGCAACAACAAACAAAAUGAAAGCACACGACAGUGCAGCAAUAUAGGAAGCUACACUGGUUACCAUACGGCCAAUAAACUAAAUGCGCAUUAAAAUGGAUUGUGAAGUGCCAGAGCUACAAAAACAUCAGCAGCACCAACAGCUACAGCAACAACAACAACAACAAUUACAACAGAGCACCAACAAGUUGUAUGCGAGAAAGCCACAGACGUCGCAACAACAGCAACCACAACAGCAACAACAGCAGCAGGAAAGUAGCGAUGAUGAUGAUUUGAGCACAACGGAACGCAAGAAUCUGGAAUUCGCACAGAAGUUGGGCUACAGCGAGCAGUCAAUACACACGGCGCUAACGCGUCUUGGCUCGGAGGCUAAACAGAACGAGCUGCUGGCCGAGCUUAUCAAAUUAACAGCAGACGCACCCCGACCGCCACCCACCGCCAACAGUAACAACAAUAACAACAACAACAACAACACCACCAACAACAGCUAUGUGUCCGCCAGCUGCAGCAACAACGGAUCGCUGCGUCACAUUGUCAUUGAUGGCAGCAAUGUGGCAUUGUCGCAUGGUAACAAUACGAUCUUCAGUUGUCGCGGAAUACGCAUUUGUGUGGACUGGUUUCGUCAACGUGGUCAUCGUCAUAUUACGGCCUUUGUGCCCAACUGGCGCAAGGAGCUGGCCAACAAUAAUAUAACGGAGCAGGAGCUGCUCUAUGAGCUGGAACAGGAACGUAUGCUGGUCUUUACACCGUCUCGUCACUUGGACGGCAAACGUGUGUCUUGCUAUGACGAUCGUUUCAUCCUUAAGCUGGCUGUGGAAACAGACGGCAUUGUGGUGUCCAACGAUAACUAUCGGGAUUUGCUGCUGGAGAGCAACGAAUUUAGGAAGGUGGUGCAGGAGCGACUUCUGAUGUACUCCUUCGUUGACGAUAUCUUUAUGCCGCCCGACGAUCCAUUGGGCAGAUCCGGACCCACACUGGACUCGUUCCUGCGCUCCCAGACGCAGCAAAAGAUGACUGACUCCCAACAACAGUUGUGUCCCUACGGCAAGAAGUGCACGUAUGGCCAAAAGUGCAAAUUUCGCCAUCAGACGGCACCGCUGCAGCUGCAGCGUCUGCCGCUCCAGGUGUCGCACAGUGCUCCCUUGCACAGCAACGGUGGACCGCAACUGGUGGACCGCAACAACAGCAGCAGCAACAAUGCCAAGCUGGCGGCUCUUGCCCGCACCAAAUCGAAUACAAUUGACAAAAUCUCUCAGCAACAACAGCAGCAGCAGCAACAACAGCAACUUUGUCAUUCCUUUAACAGCCAGCUGGAGCUGGGUGGCAGCAGCUGUGAGGCAGAGGCGCCACAGCAGCUUAAUCGCCACAAAAAGCUGCAGCGACAGGCGCCACAACCGCCAUCCUCCGCCUUCCGCCUGCUUGUGCCCACGUACAGUGCACCACAGCAGCAAUCGCAAUCGCAAUCGCUGAGCAACAAUAGCUAUCAUCAUCAGUAUCUGCAACGUACGCCCUCGGCGCCGUUAACAGAUCAACAUCAGGCUGCCAAGCUGUCGCUCUCACUCUCGAUGCCCGCCCACAAUAUGGCCCACCUGUCCGCCUCCGAUUCACGCAUCAACGAGGAGUUGCACACGGCACAAGCGUCGCGGGAGGAGCAGCGUCGCCUGUUGCGCUACCAUUUGAGCAGCCUGUUUCCCCAGCACCAGGUGCACGCGGUGCUCCAACUGUACCCGGAUGAGACCGAUGCCAAGACAAUUUGUGCAGCAAUACUUAAUUUAUUUCCGCAUAAUUAGACUAUAACUUAGGCAAACACUUAGGAUUGACAGACGUCCGUAAAUUAUUUCAAUUUCUUGUUACAGUUUCAAGUUCAUCAAUAUAAUUGUGUAUUGUAAUUUA